CGCGCAUCAUGGACGAUCGGAGCGGCGCCAAGCGCAAAGCGCCCGCCGAUCCAUUCUCGGUGGAUCAGACGCAAGCGCAUGCGCUGCUCAAGCAACGUAUCUACCAGCCCAGAAACGGCGGCAGCAUCAACACUGCUUCGCCUGGACUGGUGCCUCGCCCCAAGAAAUUGCUCAGUUCUUCCGUGUCUGUGACGCGGCUGCCCAAGCAACUCGUGAACCCCAAGAUGAAACCCACUGCCAGCACUCCCCUCCUCCCGCCGCUGCAGCCGUCACCCCGAAACCCCGCCUCUUUGGCUUGCAUUCCUUCUCCACUCGUAUCGGUCGAAGAGUGCUGGGGAGAACAACGCAGCACAGCCCAGAAUACGUUCACAGCGUCGUUAAACCUCGAUGCCCGGUACCUCCACGAGUUUGAGUGUGGCAACUUUUUGUACUUGGAGCGCAAACCGCACUCGGACCAGGUCGUGUACGAUCUGCAAGUGGUCGAGCAGUACGCCACGAAUCAGUACAACUACUACACGAUGAGCAAAGCGGGUGUCACGCACUUCACCACGGACGCGUCCGAGUUUUGCGCCCUGGACAAGUGGGAGCUCGAGUACCAGCGCUUCACAGCCAUGCGGAGGAUCCCGUUCUUUCAGAAGUACCGUGUAUGGAAGAACUACAACGUGUGGAAACAAAACAUCCACUUGGCCAAGAUGCAGCACGCCAAGAAAACGCUCAACACGCAGCUGUUCCUGCUCAAUCCGCAGCUGCAGGGGACUCUCUUGCGUCUGCGGGCACUGACGUUGUCGGUGACCCAAGUGUCGCUGCUCCGCCUUGUGCCCAAGAGAACGUACACGCUAAGUCAGCUCGAACACGAGCAAACCCAGGCCAUCGUGGAUCUGUCGGCGUCGCUCGCGUCGUUCUCGAGCCAAGUGGUGCAGCUGUGUGUGUCAGCUUGCGACGCGGUUGUGGACUCGUUCCUUGAGAAAAACAAAAUCGUAGCCGAGCACAAGAUGACCUUCAUGGAGCGCGCCGCCCUGCGCAAGGAGUGUCGCAGCCUCACCAACUUUCUACGCCUCGCCGAUGUGCUCGUGAUCGACGCCAUGAUGCAGCUAAGUGUCACGAGUUUCCAGACGUUCCUGGCGCAGUGUCGGGACAGCGCUGUGCCGUUGUUUUCCGUGCUCGUGGACACGGACGCGACUGGUUCCAUCGUGCCCACUCCGAGCGCUGACACGUGGCGCCGUAGCUUUGAAGUGCUAUUAAAGCAGUGCCUCACCGUCACGGACGUGCCCGAGCGGCUGUUGGGGCACCCGAAACUGCUCGGUUACACGUCCGCGACGGCCGAAGACGAGGGCAAAACCAGCUGGAGCAUCUCGAGCCUCAACUUGGCCACCUUGUUGAACGACGACGCGGGCUUCAACACCGUGUCGAGCGAGAUUUUCGCAGCGUUAGACGACGCUUUCGAAGCCGUGGAUGCGUAUUUGGAGGUGUUCUUGCCCUUCUUUGAAGUGUACGUGCAAGAUCUCGACACGAUGGCGCACCCCGAGCGGUUCCACGACGUCUCGAUCGAGCAAUUCAGCGACGAAAUCGCAGUGUUUGAGGGCCAAAUGAAGGCGUUUGUGAAGAUCCCGGCGUCGGCCGUGGUAGGUGUGUUCCGUGUGGACAGCGACCAGUUCAAGCAGCGGCUACUGCCCACGCCCCAGCAGUGCAUCGUGUGCAUCAAGACGCUGCUCCCACAACUCAUGAAGGAACAAUCCCAACGCAUCAUGGACGUGCUCACGGAACUGUCCCCGCUCGCGUUCAGCACACCGUCAACCCCCGACAAGUUCGUGGGCAAGGUUGUGCACAUGGAGAAACUGGGCACAAUCCUGCCCGACGUCAAGCUCAAGUACCGGCGGGUGUACGACAUGGCGUGUUUGAUGGACAACUUUGAGUGGCGCGUGCCGGACGACAUCAAGGAAGACAUUAUUUUGAUGAAGGAGGGCGUGAUUUCCCUCGAAGGCACACUCAGUCGGUUCGACACGGACUUGGAGGCGGAAUCAGCUCGGUUCACACAGCUCAUUAACGACAUGCUGCCCCCUCUGAUGAAAAACGUGCUGACUUUGCAAGCCAAACUGCAGCACCCCAAGCUCGAAACGAUGCAGACGCCGAUCGGCGAUGCGCUGGCGUACAUUGCCGACCAGCAGCAGGUCCUCAACCAACUCGUCGCGGAAGCCAAGACCCUAAACGAGUACCAGGCGCAGCUUAAGCAGCCUUUGUCUGAAUUCACCGAAGUGCAGGAAGUGGUCGACGAUCUCACGCUCAAGUCCAAGCUGUGGACGGCGUUGGGCGAGUGGGAACAGUGUACCGUCAAGUACAACGACACGCCGUUCGACCAAAUUGAUGUCCAAGCUAUGGGGGGCCAAGUGCAGGCGUACAUGAAGUUGGCGUCACAGGCGCAACGGGCGCUGCCCCAGAAUGAAGUGGCGGCGGUGCUCGUAGCUCAAGUGGACCAGUUCAAGCUCGUGCUGCCCAUAAUCAACGACCUCCGCGGCACGUUUCUCCAGGAUCGGCACUGGAGCCAGAUCCAUUCGAUCCUCGGGUUUCCAGUCCAGGGGGACACGAGCCUGACGCUGGGCACGCUCAUGGAGAGGCAGGCCAUGACACACGGAGAGGCCAUAUCGGUCGUGUCGGUGGCGGCACAGCAGGAGUCGGUUCUGGAGGCGAUGCUGCACAAGGUGGCCGCGGUGUGGCACAAGCUCGAGCUCGAGGUCAAGCCGUACAAGGACUCGAAGGACGUGUUCGUGCUGGGGGCGGUGGACGAAGUGCUGGCGGCGCUGGACGACUCGAUCGUGACCAUCAACACCAUCUUGGGCUCGCGGUUCAUCGGCGCCAUCCGGGAAGAGGUGGACGCGUGGCGCAAGAAGCUCGUGGGGCUGCAGGAGACUCUGGACGAAUGGCUGCUCGUGCAGAAGAACUGGAUGUACAUCGAGAACAUCUUCUCGGCCCCUGACAUCCAGCGUCAGCUACCCGAAGCGUCCAAAGUGUUUGCCCAUGUGGAUCUAUCGUGGAAAGCCAUCAUGAAACGAACCAACGACUCGCCGUUGGCCAUCGCGGCUGGGUCGUUUCCGGGGAUCAAGGAGACACUGACCCAGCACAACGUCCACCUUGACAAGAUCCAGAAGAGCCUCGAGGACUACUUGGAAACCAAACGCAUGGCGUUCCCGCGCUUUUACUUUCUCAGCAAUGACGAACUGCUGGAGAUCCUCGCCCAGAGCAAAAACCCUCACGCGGUGCAGCCGCAUCUGCGAAAGUGCUUUGAAAACCUCGUGCAGCUGGAGUUUGGAGAAGGCAGCGUCGACAUGCUCGCGAUGAUUUCCAGCGAAAAGGAGCGCGUCCCACUCGGGAAAAACCUCAAAGCUAGAGGCAAUGUCGAGGAUUGGCUCAAAGCGCUCGAAGUCAGCAUGAAAGCAUCCAUUUACAAGCUUAUGAAAGUCGGUUUGGCCGACUACGACACAAGAUUACGCAAGGAAUGGGUCUGCGAGCACCCAGGUCAAGUGGUGGCUACGGUGGCGCAGAUGACGUGGGCGCGCCAGACAGAGCUCGUACUGGUCAAGGCCCAGAGCAUGCAAGAAUGGCUGGGCCAGGUCGUGUCCGAGCUGAACGAUUUGAUUGUUAAAAUCCGCGGUCACUUGACGUCGUUGGAGCGCAAGGUGAUUGUGGCGUUGGUCACGACGGACGUGCACGCCCGAGACAUUGUCGAGUGUUUGUGGAAGGAAAACGUGACGAACGUGGGCAACUUCAUCUGGCAGCAGCAAUUGCGGUACUACUGGGACCAGGACGUGGACGACGUGCUGAUCAAGCAUUCCGACUCGGUUAUUCAGUACGGCUACGAAUACAUGGGGGCUACCUCUCGCCUAGUGAUCACGCCGCUCACGGAUCGAUGCUGGAUGACGCUGACUGGCGCGUAUGGCCUCAAACUGGGCGCGGCCCCCGCUGGCCCAGCAGGCACUGGCAAAACGGAAAGCAGCAAGGAUUUGGCCAAGGCGAUGGCGAUUCAAUGCGUCGUGUUCAACUGCUCGGACCAAAUCGACUACAAAAUGAUGGGCAAGUUAUUUCGAGGACUGGCGCAAGCUGGGAAUUGGACGUGUCUGGACGAGUUCAACCGCAUUGACAUCGAAGUGCUCAGUGUGGUGGCCCAGCAACUGCUCACCCUUCGCGAAGGUCGAAUCCAACAAAAGGAGCACAUCAACUUUAUGGGCGUGGAGAUUCUCCUCAAGGACCACCAUGUAAUCGUGACCAUGAACCCUGGCUACGCCGGGCGCACCGAACUGCCAGACAACCUCAAAGUGUGCUUUCGGCCAGUGUCCAUGAUGGUGCCGGACUACGCGCUCAUUGCCGAGAUCAUGCUGUUCGCCGAGGGGUUCUCGGAUGCCAAGACGCUCAGUCGUAAAAUGUGCAAGCUGUACAUCCUCUGCAGCGAGCAACUCAGCCAGCAGCCGCACUACGACUACGGCCUAAGGGCGGUCAAGAGUGUGCUGGUCAUGGCUGGGUCACUUAAACGGGCCAACCCGACCCUAACCGAAGACGUGACCCUGAUCCGGGCGUUGCGUGACUCGAACGUGCCCAAGUUCCUCAGCGACGACCUCCCCCUCUUCCAAGCCAUCGUGUACGACCUCUUUCCGGGUAUUGAGAUCCCGUCCAACGACUACGGGGAGCUGCUCGUGAUGCUCGAGCUGCAGAUCGCCAACGCCAAGCUGCAGAACGUGCCCACGUUUGUGACCAAGAUCAUUCAAAUGUUUGACACAUUCAACGUGCGCUUUGGAGGCACGUUGGUCGGGCCCACGGGAGCUGGCAAGUCGACGUGCUACCGCAUUUUGCAGAAUACCAUGACUGCACUGCGGGAAAAAGGGUCGACGAACCCGCUGUUUCAGGCAGUGCACACCCGGGUGCUCAAUCCGAAAUGCAUUACUAUGGGCGAAUUGUACGGAGAAUUCAACGAGUUGACCCAAGAAUGGCACGAUGGACUCGCGUCCAUGAUCAUGCGCGAAGCCGUGGUUGAAGAAACCCCAGAUUACAAGUGGACCGUGUUCGACGGACCUAUUGACGCGCUAUGGAUUGAAAACAUGAACACCGUUCUGGACGACAACAUGACGCUGUGUCUGGCCAACGGCGAGCGCAUCAAACUCAAGUCCGAGAUGCGCAUGUUGUUUGAAGUGAUGGAUCUCUGCGCCGCGUCGCCCGCUACGGUCAGCCGCAUCGGCGUCGUGUAUAUGACGUCCACAGACGUGGGGUGGUACCCAUACGUGCAAACGUGGCUUACGACGCUGGUGGGGCAGUUCCCAUCUGACUGGCUCGGCCACCUCCGUACUAUUUUGAAACCCCUCGCGGAAAAAACCCUCGAGUUUAUCCGGUCGUUCGCCGUCGAGCCCGUGCCCACCGUGGACGUGAGUCUGGUCACGCAUUGCUGCAAACUGGUGCAGUCGUUGCUGACGAAGUGCGUGGACAGCUCCAAACAAUUCGGCUACUCACCGGAAGAACAGCUCGACAUGGUCAACAAGUUGGUCGUGUUUUCGCUCAUCUGGUCGUUGGGGGCGUCCAUGAACCACACGACACUGGAAAAAUUCGACGAGUUUCUCCGCAAGUUGCUCGAAGACAACGGGAUCAAUGUGCAAAUACCGACACAAGGACUUGUAUUUGACUUUUUCGUCGAUUUUGCGACCAAGCGGUUCGCGUCGUGGAAUGACAUUGUGCCCGUGUUUAAAUACAAUCCAGCAACCCCAUACUUUGACAUGAUCGUGGCCACUUCCGACACGAUUCGGUACACAUAUCUCCUGCGUACUUUAACCCUGGCCAACACGCCCGCGUACGUCACGGGGGUCACGGGUACCGGCAAGACGGUUAUCAUCAUGGACCUCAUUCGGGAGCUCACCACCGCCACCGACGACAUCCCCGCAGGGUUUGUGAGUACUACGCUGAGUUUUUCCGCACAAACGUCAAGCUUGGUGACCCAGCAGUCGAUCGAAUCGAAGCUGGAGAAGAAGCGCAAGAACCUCCUGGGGCCAGUCGCCAACAAGAAGAUGGUCGUGUUCGUAGACGACGUGAACCUCCCGGCCGUCGAAGUGUACGGAGCCCAGGCCCCCAUCGAACUGCUGCGGCAAUUUCUGGACUUCAAGGGCUUUUACGAUCGCGACAAGCUAUUCUGGAAGGACAUCGCCGACACGUCGUUCGUGUGCGCGGCGGCUCCGGCGGGGGGCGGGCGGUCGCACUGCACCCCCCGCUUCGUCCGGCACUUCCACGUGCUGUGCGUCCAUCCGGCGCGAGAAGCCAGCUUGAAGCUGAUCUUUUCCAGCAUAUUGGGGGGCUUCCUCGAGCGCUUUGCCGCCCCCGUGAAGGCGCUUCGCAGCGGCAUCAUCACGUGUGUGAUCGAGGUGUAUAACCGCGUAUGCAGUGAGUUGCUGCCCACCCCCAGCAAGUUCCACUACACUUUCAACCUACGGGAUGUGUCCAAGGUGUUCCAGGGCAUGCUCAUGAUUACCCCGGCCAAGUGCAGCGACGUAGACACAAUGAACAAGCUGUGGGUGCACGAGGCGUGCCGGGUGUUUGGGGAUAGGCUGAACACGGUGCAGGACACGGUUUGGUUCGAAGAUCUGCUGCUGCACCUCCUUGGCGCGCACUUCCAGGUCAAGUGGACGACUGAGACGCUAUUCCAUGGCCCGUGUCCGCUCGUGUUUGGCGACAUCUUCCGGCCGGGGGUGCCCAACCCCGUCUACGAGAUCUGCGAAGAUGCCACCAAGCUGGUCAAGCUGCUCGAAAGCGCCAACGACGACUACAACAUGCGCUUCUCCAACAAGAUGAACCUGGUCUUCUUCCGAGACGCCAUCGCCCACCUCCUCCGCCUCACGCGCAUCCUGCGCCAGCCUCGCGGCAACGCCAUGCUGAUUGGCGUCGGCGGCAGCGGCAAACAGAGCUUGGCUCGGUUGGCUGCGUUUACGCAAGACGCGGCGUGCCACCAGAUCGAAAUCACAAGAGGGUACGGCACCGUCGAGUUCCACGAAGACCUCAAGACGCUCAUGCUCAAGGCGGGCGUCCAGGGUCAGCCCACCGUGUUCCUCUUCACCGACAGCCAAAUCGUGGACGAAUCGUUCCUGGAAGACAUCAACAACGUACUCAACAGUGGCGAAGUGCCCAACUUGUUUGCGGCCGACGAAAUGGAGCGCAUUGUGGGGGACAUGCGGCCUGUGGUGAAAAACCUGGGGCUGCCAGAGACAAGGGACCAGUGCAUCUCCACGUUUGUGUACCGCGUGCGCAACUUCCUCCACAUUGUGCUGUGCAUGUCUCCCGUCGGCAGCGCCCUGCGCAUCCGGUGUCGAGCGUUUCCAUCGCUCAUUAAUUGCUGCACCAUCGACUGGUACAUGAAUUGGCCAAAGGAAGCCCUACAAAGCGUUGCCCAGCGGUUCCUAGCGCAUGUCAAUUUGCCAUCGGAGGACAUUCGUGUGUCGUUAAUCGACAUGUGCAGCAUCGUGCACACGACAUCGAAUGACUUUGCCACCGCAUUCCAGAGCCAGUUGCAGCGACAUGUGUACACCACGCCCAAAAGUUACUUGGAUUUGAUCCAAUUGUACUUGAAAAUGCUCAAAAUCAAGCAAACGGAGCUCCAAAACAUCAAGUCUCGCAUGGAGAUUGGGGUCAAAAAGUUGGACGAAACCAACUCGAUCGUGGACAACCUCAAAGGCGAGCUGAUCAAAUUACAGCCGAUUCUCACGCAAAAGGCCGCAGAAGCCGAAGUGUUGUUGAAACAAGUGUCCAUCGACCAAAAGGCCGCCGCCGAAGUGCGCUUGCGCGUGUCCAAGGACGAAGCGGUGGUGGGGAAACAAGCCGAGGAAGUGUCGAUCUUGCAGGCCGACGCGCAGAAAGACCUGGACAUUGCCAUGCCAGCCUUGAGCAACGCCCAAACGGCACUGAAUUCCCUCAGUAAAAGCGACAUCACUGAAGUGAAAUCGUUUGCGAAACCCCCCGAGGCCGUCGAGACCGUCAUGAGCUGCGUGUGCCUCCUCCUGGGCGAGAAGCAGACGUGGGACGCGGCCCAGAAGGUCCUCAAGGACUCGAGCUUUAUCGAGCGCCUGAUGAACUACGACAAGGACAACAUCCCGGCGCCGUUGCUCAAGAAGCUGAGCAAGUGCGUGAGCGAGCCGGGUAUGUCGGUGGAAGUGGUGAGCAAAGUGAGCAAGGCCGCGACGUCCCUGUGUAUGUGGGCGCACGCGAUGGACGUGUACUCCAAGGUGGCCAAGGAGGUGGGUCCGAAGAAGGCGAAUCUGGACGCGAUGAACGAAAAGCUACAGGCGGCCAACGCCGUGUUAAAGACCAAACAGGACGAGCUCCGUGUUGUGAACGAGAAGGUCAUGCUGUUGGAGAAGCAGUGCAAGGAUACGCUGGACGAGAAGGACGCGCUGGCCAAAGAGGCCGGCACGACCGAGAAGCGACUGGUCCGGGCAGAAAAACUCAUCUCCGGACUCAGCGUCGAGGGCAAGCGGUGGAAAGAGAGCGUCGCGUCGUUGGGCGACGGCAUCUUGGCCAUGGUGGGCGACACGUUUCUCGCGGCCGCGAGCAUUUCAUACUAUGGCGCGUUCACCGGCAGUUUUCGGCAGAACAUGGUCGACUGCUGGCGGGAAAAGGUAGAGGAACUGCAGAUCCCGUGCUCGCAAGCCAAGUACUCUUUGGCCACGACCCUGGGCAGCCCCGUGGAGAUACGCGAGUGGCAGCUGAACGGACUGCCCACUGACGGCAACUCGACGGACAACGCCAUCUUGGCCACGCGGGGCGAGCGGUGGCCACUCAUGAUCGACCCCCAGGGGCAGGCGAACAAGUGGAUCAAGAAGACGCAAGUGCCCGAAGUGACGAAAAUGACCAACGCCAACCUGCUGCGGAGCUUGGAAAGCUGUAUUCGGAAUGGCAAGUCGCUGCUGAUCGAAGACAUCGAAGAGAGCCUGGAGCCAGCGUUAGAGCCGAUCUUGCAAAAGGCCGUGUUCAAGCAGGGCGGGCGCGUGCUGAUUCACUUGGGGGACUCGGACGUGGACUACGACCCAGCGUUCAAGCUGUGGAUCACCACAAAGUGUGCGAACCCUCAUUACCUUCCCGAAGUGUACAUUAAAGUAACCAUCAUCAACUUUACCGUGACCAUGACGGGGCUCGAAGACCAGCUGCUCGGGGAUGUGGUCAAGCACGAACGACCCGACAUUGAAGAGAAAAAGAACCGGUUGGUGGUCACGAUGGCCCAGGACAAGAAGCAACUCAAGGACAUCGAAGACCGAAUUCUGCAGAAACUGUCGGAAAGUUCUGGGAACGUUCUGGACGACGAAGGGCUGAUUGACACGCUGGCGUCAUCGAACGCCACGUCCAAAAUCAUCAAGGAACGAGUGCAAGAGGCCGAAGCCACCGAGUUGGAGAUCAAUCGCGCACGAGAAGAGUACCGCAGUGUCGCGACGCGAGGGUCCAUUUUGUAUUUCGUGGUCGCGCAAUUGGCCACGAUCGACCCCAUGUACCAGUACUCGCUGCCGUUCUUCCAGCGUCUAUUCAACAUUUGUUUCGAUGCAACCCCGACGUCUCCCGUGUUGUCCAAGCGGCUGGAGGCCCUGAUUGACUUUCAAACGACAUAUAUUUACACCAACAUCUGCCGCGGGCUGUUUGAAGUGCACAAAGUGCUCUUUUCCGUACUCAUUUGCUGCAAAAUCAUGCUCUACGAUGGCCGCAUCACCCCCCGCGAGUGGUCGCUCUUCUUACGAGGAGCUAGCUCUACCAAAAAAGGAGCGCCAUCCAACCCACAGCCAGACAGUAUCACAGACGCCCAGUGGCAGCUGGUGCUGGAGCUGGAAACGUUAGGUCCGCAGUGCGAGGGCCUCAGCACUUCGUUCCAACACGAGUGGAGUGCGUGGAAUACGUGGCUGAAAUCGCACGACCCGCCGCACCCCCACCUGUGUCCACAGUCGUAUUCCAGUCGGAUGACGUCGUUCCAGAACGUGCUUUUGAUCAAGGCGUUGGCGCAAGAAAUGGUCCAGCGCGCGACGCUCAACAUGCUCGGGGUAGAAAUGUGCGCUGGCUUCGGCCAACUCGGCACUGUGAGCAUGGAAGACAUCUACAAGGACACGGACCGGAAGACGCCGUGCAUUUUCGUACUAAGUGCGGGGGCCGACCCCACGGGGAUGCUGCUUCGCUUCGCCAAAGAUCGGCAGUUCAGUGACCGAUUGCAUUUGAUUUCACUCGGCCAAGGCCAGGGCCCCCGUGCCGAAGCGCUGAUUGAGGUUUCCAAGACCAACGGCGACUGGGUGCUGCUGCAAAACUGCCACUUGGCCAAGUCAUGGAUGCCCGCGCUGGAGAAAAAGGUGGACGAACUGGCGACAGACGUGACGGUCGUCGAUUCGUUCCGGCUGUUUCUGACGUCGUUCCCCGCCGCGUACUUUCCUGUGACGGUGCUCCAGAACGGCAUCAAACUCACCAACGAACCGCCCAAGGGGAUUCGCGCCAAUCUGAUUCGGUCGUUUGUGACCCUCAUGAGCUCGGACAGUUCGUUCUUUGACAUGUUUGAGUCCGGGGGCGAGUUUGAAGAGGGCGGCGUCGUCUUUUCCAAGCAAAUGGUGUGGCGCAAGUUGCUCUGCAGCCUCGUGUUUUUUCAUGCGAUUAUUCAAGAACGCCGCAAGUUUGGGCCGUUGGGGUGGAACAUCAAGUACGAGUUCAACGACACGGACCUGGAAACGUCCUACGCGUGUCUCCGCAAGUUUCUCGCAGAACAGCCCAUCGUACCGUGGGACGCCCUGCGAUACGUCACGGGCCAAAUCAACUACGGCGGGCGCGUCACGGACGACUGGGACCGACGCUGUCUCACGAGCAUCCUCAACGGGUUUUACACGCCCCAAGUGCUCACAGACAGCUACAAGUUCUCUGCAUCUGGAACGUACAGCGCCGUCACGGCCAAUGAUUACGCCAGCGUCAUGGCGUACUUUGAGUCGCUUCCGGUGCACGCAGCCCCCGAGAUCUUUGGGAUGCACGAAAACGCCAACGUCACAUUUGAGCGCAACGAAAGCUGGCAAAUGAUCAACAUCGUGCUCAGUCUCGAGCCUCGCGAUGCGGGGGGCACGGGCGGCCAGAGCAACGACGAAAAGGUGCUGGAACUGGCCGCGUCGAUCCAGACGCAACUGCCCAUGAAUUUGCGGCUGGACGAGGCGGGGCCCACGACCUUUCGCACUCGUACGGUGCUGGGGACGGUCGUGAUGGACUCGUUGGCAACGGUUCUGUCGCAAGAGUUGGUCAAAUUCAACAUUUUACUGUCGAAAAUGCGCCAGAGUUUGAUGGAAAUCCAGCGCGCCAUCCAAGGGCUGAUCGUCAUGUCGUCCGAUCUGGACAACAUGUACACGUCGUUUCUGAACGGCCGGGUGCCUGGGAUCUGGGACGUGGUGAGCUUUGCAUCGCUUAAAGCGCUGGGGCCGUGGGUCCAAGACCUGCUGAACCGUGUCGCAUUCUUCCGGACGUGGCUGGUGCAGGGGGAGCCAGUGAUCUUUCCCCUGCCUGCGUUCUUCUUUCCCCAGGGAUUCAUGACCGGGACGUUGCAAAACUUUGCUCGAAAGUAUCAAACCGCCAUCGACUGCCUCGGGUUUACAUUUGCCGUGAUGGAAUGCCAGGCGGAUUCGAUAACGUCAUCGCCGUCCGAUGGCAUCUACGUGGACGGACUGUGGCUGGAAGGGGCAAGGUGGAAUGCCAAGGACAAGAGUCUGGAAGAAGCGCGACCAGGCGAAAUGUUCAGUCCAAUGAGCUUGGUGCAUUUCCUGCCUGCUGCCAACAUCGACCGCAACAAGGACGAGUACCCGUGCCCCGUGUACAAGACAAGCGUACGAAAGGGCACAUUGAGCACCACGGGGAUGUCCACCAACUUUGUCGUGGCCGUGUACCUUCCAUCCACCAAGACACCAGACCAUUGGGUGCUCAAUGGCGCGGCGUUCCUGCUCAAUUUGGACUAACUUAUUGCAUGCGUGGUCGAAUCAUCUGGGCUUUGAUUGGCUAUAUAUUGACCAAUCAAAUGAAAGAAUUAAAACCGUUUCGAAGAUCAAAAG